AUGGCAUCGAAGGAGGAAGAGGCCGUGGACGCCCUUCGGGCCCGAUACGAGGCCGCUGGCCAGGGCCACGUCUUCGCGCACUGGGAUAAGUGCGACGAGGGCGAGCGCGACGCCCUCGCCGCGCAGCUCCGAUCGGUGGACCUCGAUCACGUGAAGAAGAUUUUCGAUCGAUCCAUCGCGGAUCACGACGCGGGCGCUGCCGCGAAGGGGGAGAUCGAACCCGUCGUUGCGGACGCGUCCGUGCUCAAGGCAUCUGCCGAGGAUCUCUCGGAGUGGCGCGAGGCUGGUCUCGGCGUCGCCUCACUCGGCGAGCUCGCGGUCGUCCUCCUCGCGGGGGGACAAGGCACUCGUCUCGGUUCGUCGGCGCCGAAAGGCAUGUACGACAUCGGGCUUCCGUCCGGUCGUACGCUGUUUCGACUCCAGGCGGAGCGACUGGCGAAGCUCAUGGCGAUGUCCAGCGAAGAGGCGAACCAGGGUGCGCCCGUGCGCGUGCCGUGGUACAUCAUGACGUCGCCGCACACACACGCGGCGACAGAGAAGUACUUUCACGACAACGAGUUCUUCGGCCUCGACUCGGCGGAUGUGACGUUCUUCCAGCAGGGUUCCCUGCCGUGUUUCACCCCGGAGGGCAAGAUCAUCAUGCAGAGUAAACACGAGAUGGCGACCGCGCCUGACGGUAACGGGGGUAUCUACGCCGCUCUGCACGCGAGCGGCGUGAUUGACGACAUGGCAAAAAGAGGGAUCCGGCAUGUGUACGCCUACUGCGUUGACAACGCCCUCGUGAAAGUCGGCGACCCAACCUACGUCGGGUUUUGCGCCCUGAGAAACGUCGAGGCUGGCGCCAAGGUGAUCGCCAAAGCCUACCCCGAGGAGGCUGUCGGCGUGUUCACCCGGAGGAACGGCGAGGUGCACGUCGUGGAGUAUUCGGAGAUGCCCGCCGAGCUGGCGUCGGCGACUGACGCGGAAACCGGCAAAAUCAAGUUUGACGCCGCCAACGUGGUCCUGCACUACUACUCGUUCGACUUUCUGAAGAAAUGUUGCGCGCCUGAUGACGUCGUGCAGUCCUCUCUGGUGUAUCACGUCGCGAAAAAGAAAGUGCCGCGGGUGACAGAGGACGGCGCCGGCACAGAGACUCCCGAGACGCCGAACGGCGUCAAGCUCGAGGCGUUUAUCUUUGACGUGUAUAAAUACGCCAAGGAUGUCGCGUUCCUGGAGGGUGAGCGGGGCGCUGACUUUGCGCCGGUCAAGAACAAGGAGGGAACUGGGAAGGAUUCCCCGGAUACCGCGAGAGCGCUCAUCGAUGCGCUUCACAGAGAGUGGAUCAUGAACGCGGAGGGCAGCGUCGAUGAGGACGACGACGACGGUCUCGGCGUCACUCACGCAGACGGAAAGCGAUACGUCGAGGUUGCCCCGGCGGCGUCUUACGCCGGCGAGGGUCUCGAGCCCGUCGUGAGGUCAUACUUCAUGGGCUUUGUUCCGGCAGGGUUGAGCAUCGAGCCCGUGAGAGAUAACAAGAGGGCGGCGGAGAACGCGACCGACGAGGACGAGCCUCCGGCGAAGAAGUAG